AUGUUUGUUCAGGCAAAUAGUGUCGAACCUAGUUCUUCGGAUGCUCAUACGGAUUUAACAUCUAAUCAAGAGCAAGAGAUAAAUUCAAUUAGUAGAUCAAUCGAAGAAACAGAUUCUGAUAGAAAUGAAAUAGUGCCUAUCGAAAAGAAAACCCUCAAACGACAUCUCGGUCUGUUUUCUGGAAUCUCGUUCGUACUUGGUAUUACCAUUGGUUCGGGAAUAUUUAUUUCUCCAAAAGGUGUUCUAAGAGAGACAGAAUCGGUUGGAUUAUGUUUGGUAAUAUGGGCAUUAUGUGGUUUCAUCUCUAUAUUGGGUGCAUUGUGCUAUGCAGAAAUAGGUACCGUUAUACCGCUGAGUGGUUCCGAAUUAGUUUAUAUGCGAGAAGGAAUCGGAUCGAUUCAUGCUCGUACUGGUGAUGUGCUUGCUUUUGUCUUCAAUUGGUCGAAUACAUUCAUUCUUGAACCGUCAAUGGUUGCUAUUCUUUCUUUAACAUUUGGAACAUAUUUUCUAUCAGGAAUCAUGAACAGUUAUACUGAAAAUUUAGAAAAUAGCUUUGAUGGUACAUCAAAAAAUCCAUUACGUAUUUCACUUGCUUUCUAUUCAGGCCUUUGGGCCUAUGGCGGAUGGUCAAGUUUGAAUUCGGUGACUGAAGAACUUAAAAAUCCGAAAAGAAAUUUAUGGCUGUCAAUUGUACUGGCUCUUUCAUCAGUAAUUAUUCUAUAUCUUCUCACCAACAUAUCCUAUUUCACAGUGAUGAACAAAGCUGAAUUGCUUAGUUCUGAUGCUGUAGCUAUGACAUGGGGAGAAGCUGUGUUAGGUCCUGUUGUUCGUACAUUGCCUAUUCUGGUUUCGUUUAGUGCAUUGGGCAGUGCCACUGCAACGAUUUAUUGUUCUAGUCGUUAUUUUAUGGUAGGCGCACGUUAUGGAUAUCUACCUAAAAUUUUUUCUUGUAUUCAAAAACAACGAUUAACACCGUUACCGAGUAUUAUGCUCAUGACUAUUAUUAGUAUUAUCUAUUGUAUUCCCACUAAUAUUGAGCAUUUAAUCGAUUUUGUCAGCUUCGUUGCUUGGGUCUUUUUUGGACUGACAUUUGUUGCCACAAUUUGCUGUAAAUUUACGAAGGCUGAAGCCUAUCGAGCUAUUAAAGUACCAAUACCUGUAAUUAUUUUUAUGAUAUUAGUUUCUGUCUAUCUUAUUAUUGCACCUGUUAUAUCGAGCCCAAAUAUUGGAUAUCUUAUUGCACUUAUUAUUGUGCUUGUCGGUUUGAUAUUCUACUAUUUGUUUGUUUUUCGUAAAAUACAACCAAAUCUGAUGAAAAAAAUCAAUAUAUUUCUUCAAGAAUUUUUCAAUUUAACAAUGUCAACAGUCAACAUUGAAGCAUAA